CCUCAGUCAUGAUGUUUCCUCAUGGUUUGUAUUGGACUCUGUUGAUGUUGUGCAUUGGACAAAGUCUUAGUGAAGAUCUGCAGUUUCAGGAGUUUAAUGGGGCAACAGGAAAAAAUGUAGUGUUUGCCCCUGAAGAUCUACCAUACAUUCCUUCACAGAUUAUUUUUAUUGCAUGGGCUUUUGGAGUGGAUAAUAUUAUUUCCUUUAACAAUGGUGAAAAUAAAGUUUCUCAAGAAUAUGAAGGCAGAGUUAAUCUCAACACCACCACUGCUGCUCUGGAGCUCAAGAACCUGAGGCUGAAUGAUUCUGGGUCAUACAAACUGACAGUAAUAACAACUUCACAAACCUCUACAGGGCAAACUUCACUCAAAGUGUAUGAAACAGUAUCUGACACAUCACUCAUUGGUCCACAGGAAUCAUUAAUAGAGAAUCUAUCAAGUGCUAACAUAAUCUGUGAAGGAAGCGGUGACAUCACUUCUGUGGAAUGGAUGAAAGAUAAAAAUCCACUGAAACCCAGCAACAGAAUCAUCUUCUCAUUUGAUAACAGAUCAGUGUUGAUCAGUCCAGUGAUCAGAUCAGACAGUGGAGAAUAUCAAUGUACAUUAAGAAACCCUGCCAGCUCUGAAACUGCAAACCUCAGACUUAUCAUCAACUAUGGACCAGAAUAUGUUUUUAUUAAUGGUUCGAAUGAAGUGGAUUCAGGCCGUCCUGUGUCACUGUCUUGCUCUGCCACUUCUUUACCUUCUGCUUCAUUCACCUGGAGGUUUAAUGGAUCAGACACCGGUGUAACCACAAACACAUUUACCAUUGAUAAGAGUGACAUCACACACAGUGGAGAUUACAUCUGCACGGCCUACAAUGAUGUCACAGAGAAAAAUGUCUCUCAAAGCCAUCUAUUAGUAGUUAAAGGUGGCCGCUAG